AUGGACAACUUUGGCCGAUCCAUGCGUCUCGACAGCAACGUGACCACGCAGCGGCUGGCCGAGGUAGGGUUCGUUGACAUCAAAGAGGAGGUCAUCCGGAUUCCUUUCAACCCAUGGCCGACAGACACAUAUUCUCGGGACAUUGGCCGUUGGUUUAACUUGGUUAUGAAGCAGGGAUUCCAACCUCUGUGUCUGGCGCCCUUUGCGAGAGGACUCAACAAGUCGUUUUCCGAGAUUAACGACUUUGUUGAAGAGGUCAAGGCGGAGGCACAUCUUCACAGCGAGAAGACCACAGUGAGUCUCGCUCGUUUGCUCGUUUCUACCACCUCCCUCAAACCACUCGGGUACAACAAGAGCACCCCUGUGGGAUAACCCACCCGCUUACCUCGGCCUUGCUGCACCUUCGGUCGUACCCACAUUCAACCCGACGGGAGCGCCAGGGCCAGAGUAAUGCGAUAAAUGAACCACGUUCUCCCCUCCCAGUUGACCAUUCAAUGACGUGUGGUAUUCUAAAACAUUACAGGGGGGACAACCCAGCUUCCUCUUCCCAGACCUCCAGGUCGCGAGCCCGCCAGCACUAAGGCACAUGUUGGCCCACCCAUCUUACACCCGCCAGCAACCAGCAUUUUCACUCGGAAGCAGCUCUCUAACUCGCCGAUUCCUUCUGCGCGUCGACCCAUGGGGUGUCACAUUUACGCACCGCCAUCCAUAUCACGACACGCUACCGUGUAUAUAUAUCUAUACAUGAUCAGGCCUUUGGCCGCCAAUCCUUUCAGCUCUUUUCCUCGCCGACUUGACGAGCAGCAGUACUUUUGGGAACCUUGUGCGAUUUCGAGGUGAAAAUGGCCAGCACGUUGCGUUCUUCUCCAACCCUGCCCAGUCGCACGUUACGGGACUCUACUCGCUUAUCUACUGAGCUUGACAUUGAUGG